ACCUCAAUAAGAAAAGAGGAGUGGUGUAGUGGGAGUGUCAGAAGCUGUUGUUAAAUAGCAGUCAACAAUUCCCCCACUCUCUUUACUUUCCUCUUCUUCAUUUCUCUCUUCUUUUUACCAAAAUACCCUCAGCCACCACAAAAAAAUGACCUAAUUUCUCCGGCGAAAUUAGCCGCCGACACGUCAUUUUUCCUCCGUUUGAUCUCGUCACGGUUGUGUGAAAUUUCACUUAGCUCUGUCUCGGAAUUUUUAUCAUGGAAGAUGCACAAUCAGUUGCAAUGCUGAUGGACUCCACAACCUCUAAGAUACAGCAGCUACAAAAAGCAUUUGCUGAGUUGGAAAGUCAUCGUGCUGUUACGCUAAACCUGAAAUGGAAGCAACUUGAAGAACACUUUCACGGGCUUGAGAAGUCCUUGAAGAGGCGCUUCACCGAACUAGAAGACCAAGAGAAGGAGUUUGAAAAUAAAAUAGUUCAAUCUAAAACGAUAUUGGAGAAUCGUCAAGCUGCUGUUAUCUCUAAGGAGCAAUCUUCACUUAAGAGUCUCCAAGAGAAAAGAGAUGCAGCAGUUUCUGCCAUUACUGUUGCUAUGGAGAAGCAUAAGAAGCCUAAUUGUGUGGAACCUGCUGGUACUACUCAUGAGGUGCAAGGUGAGUCGUCUAUGUUUGAAGCAAAGCCCCUUGAUUUCAUACCACUUGAGAAUACAGAGGACAAUAUGAAGUCUUUCAAGAACGAUGUUGUGGAAGUCAAGCUCUAUCCAGAGUUAAUUAAGUUAUGCCAAGAUAUGGACUCAGAAGGCCUCCACAAAUUUAUAUCGGACAACCGCAAGAACCUGGCUGCUGUAAGGGAGGAAAUUCCAUCUGCUUUAAGAACUGCUGUUGAUCCUGCCGAUCUGGUGCUGGACUCACUCAAGGGUUUCUACCCCUCAGAAGUGUUAAUUUCAGAUGCUAAAAAAGAUGCAAAUCUUUUAGGUCUUCGCCGAACUUGUAUUAUGCUGAUGGAAUGCCUUAGCGUGUUAUUAACGACCCUGGAAUUGGAUUCUAUCUCAAGUUUAAUAUCAGAAAGUGUAAAGGGACGUGCGAAAGCAAUUGCUAAGGAGUGGAAACCAAAGUUAGAUGAGCUUGACAUUGAUGCUAAUAAUGGGAAUUCCUUGGAGGCUCAUGCAUUCUUACAGCUUCUAGCUACUUUUGGUAUUAACUCCAACUUUAAUCAGGAAGACUUGUACAAGCUGAUACCAAUGGUUUCACGUCGUCGCCAAACAGCUGAUCUCUGCCGUUCCCUUGGAUUGUCCGAGAGAAUGCCAGGUGUUAUUGAUGUGUUGGUUAAUAAUGGAAAGCAUAUAGAUGCUGUUAAUCUAGCUUUUGCAUUUGAGCUGACCGACAAGUUUUCACCAGUUUCACUACUAAAAUCUUACUUGAAUGAAGCAAGCAAAGGAUCUUCGCCUGUUAAAUCUGGAAAUGCAUCACCUACUACUGCACAGAAUGAUGUUAACGACAAGCAGCUGACUGCACUGAAGGCUGUGAUAAAGUGCAUCGAAGACCAUAAACUUGAGGAACAAUACCCUGUGGAUCCUCUCCAGAAACGGCUUCUUCAACUGGAGAAAGAAAAGGCAGACAAGAAAAGAGCCACUGAAGUCGCCAAACCUCAACCCAAGCGACCUCGUGCCAACUGCGUAGCAAAUGGAGCUCGAGUUGCUAACGUUGCCUCUGACAAGAACUUCUAUGCUAGUAGAAUGACUGACAGGUAUCCGCCGAAGUACAUAUAUGAUCGACCAUAUGCUUACCCGGGACCAACUGACAACCACGUUCCGUCAUUCCUUGGUACUGCUUACAACCUUCCUCCUGGACAUGGCAACUUCUUCACAAAUGGCUACCACUACCAGGCAACUUACAUGCACUAAUCACUAGACUUUGCUAAUGAUCCUUUUUAGCUGUUAGUGUAAGUGUUAACCCUUCUGCUUAACUACUAGUACUGAUAGUAAGUAGCCUUGUUUAACUUUUAUUCUGAUGUAAUAGCUGCUGAUACUGUGAUGUUUUAGUAUAUGCACUGCCUUUCAUGUCAA